CCCUCCCCCUGUUCCUCUUUUUGCGGAAGCAACUUUUUCUACCUCCGUCUCGUCUACAGAAGUGUCUGUUCUCUCUCCGUCACUCUGUCGGUAGCUUUCGCGUCGACUGGCCAGAGUCCGCGAGCUGUUCUCUCCACUCAUCUCUCCUUCCGUAUCAUCCCUCCAUCUCAGGGAACUACAGAGGCCUCUCAUUGGCUCAUCUGACUUUCUGGUUCUGCAUUGUCCCGAUUUGGUUAUGGCUUACCACAGCUUCCUGCUCGAACCAAUCAGCUGCCACUCCUGGAACAAGGACCGGACCCAGAUUGCUCUGUGUCCCAACAACCAUGAUGUCCACAUCUAUAAGAAGGACGGGACCAAGUGGACCAAGAUUCAUGAACUGAAGGAGCACAACGGACAGGUCACAGGUAUAGACUGGGCUCCAGAGAGUAACCGUAUCGUGACCUGUGGGACGGAUCGUAACGCGUAUGUCUGGUCUCUGAAGGGGGAGGUGUGGAAGCCCACCCUGGUCAUCCUCCGUAUCAACCGGGCUGCUCGCUGUGUCAGCUGGUCUCCCAAGGAGAACAAGUUCGCUGUGGGCAGCGGGUCACGCCUCAUAUCCAUCUGCUACUUUGAACAGGAGAAUGACUGGUGGGUCUGUAAGCACAUCAAGAAGCCGAUCCGUUCCACCGUCCUCAGUCUGGACUGGCAUCCUAACAACGUUCUGCUGGCGGCUGGAUCCUGUGACUUCAAAUGCAGGGUUUUCUCGGCCUACAUCAAGGAGGUGGAGGAGAAGCCCGGCCCCACAGUGUGGGGGUCCAAGAUGCCCUUUGGAGAGGUGCUGUUUGAGUCUGGGCCCUCAGGGGUGUCUGGGGGGGCUGGAGAGGGGGCAGGAGGAGGAUGGGUCCACGGGGUCUGUUUCUCCCACAGCGGGAACCGCCUGGCCUGGACGUCACAUGACUCGACUGUGGCGAUCGCAGAGGGAGGCAAGACCAGCACGAUCAGCAGUCUGAGCUCUGAGACCCUUCCUCUGCUGUGUGUCAGCUUUAUCACUGAGAACAGCCUGGUGGCCGCUGGUCAUGACUGCUACCCGGUGCUGUUUGUGUAUGACGGUACUAAGGGCUCAGUAACGUUCGGAGGGAAGCUGGACGUUCCCAAGCAGACGUCUCAGAGAGGGAUCAGCGCCAGGGAACGCUUCCAGAACCUGGACCGCCGAGCCACCUCGUCUGAGACCACCGAGCAGGGCCUGGAGAGUCUGCACAAGAACAGCAUCAGUCAGAUCUCUGUGCUGGAGGGAGGGAAGAGUAAAUGUUCCACGUUCUGUACCACUGGGAUGGACGGAGGAAUGGUCACAUGGGACGUCAAGAGUCUGGAGUCUGCCCUGAAGGGUCUCAAGAUAGUCUGAUGCCAUGACCCUCAGCCGACCAGCCGACCAGCCGGGAUAUGAAGAAAUCUCACCUCUUUGCCUUUCUGCUUCUCUGCGUCUGUCUGUCUCAGCUGCUGCUGGAGACAUCUCCUUUCUGUCUCUGUUGAGCAUCUGCUCGAAGCACGGCAGCCAUGACAACGCCGUCUGCAUUCCACAUGGCACCCUGUUCUUUUUAUAUAGGUAGACCAGGACCCAUAGGACACCAUUUGAGACACAUCUUGGUUUUUGUUCUAUCUUCUUAUCUUCUUUGUUUUAGAAUCCAGGAAAUGUUCUGUACUGUUCUGUCAGGUGUUCUGUUCCGUCCAGGUGUUCUGUUCCGUCCAGGUGUUCUGUUCCGUCCAGGUGUUCUGUUCCGUCCAGGUGUUCUGUUCCGUCAGGUGUUCUGUUCCGUCAGGUGUUCUGUACUGAUAGUUGUACCUGGACAUACAGCUGUGUUCUUAAGAUUCACUUUGGCUUCUGGAAUUAGUUUACUUGGGUUUUAGUUUGGAUGUUCACACAUGAAUUUGUUGGAUUUACAGCACAGGACCAAGAAGAAAAUAAUAUCUAAACUUGAGAUUUUUCACUUUCGAAUAAAAAAAU